AUGGAUGAAAGCCAGGCCAGCGUGGCCAUGGCUUUUGCCAAGGAAUUCAGCAGCAGUGCACUGAAGAAUGGUGCCGCAGUGGCUGGUGUGGUGGGCGAGUAUGUCCAGCGCGGACCAGAAGGUGUAGGCUGGCUUUCCUUCAUGGGUGGUGCCGCGAGCAUUGUUCUCGGAUGCUUGGGCUUCCUGAAUAUUGCCGCGAUCAUCCUGGACCCAUUGGAGUACGUAGUGAAUGGAUACCAGACCCUGUUCGGCGUCGUUGUCUGCCUCCUGGAGGCGCCGGACGAGUGGAUCGGCAACAAUGACAAGCUCAGCAAGGCGCGAGGGUUCAUCAAAGAGUACGCGAGAUUUCUUUACACCUGCGGAGGGCGUGGUCUCUUCUACCUCUUCCAGGGUACACUCUCCAUGUCCUUGGACACCUACACUCUCACCUUCCUUCUGGGCUGCUACAUGUGCGGCAUGGGCAUGGUGAACAUUGCGAUGCAGUAUGGUUACUUUCAGGAUCCGGCAGCGCAGCGCCGAAAUGCAGAUGUCUACAUCCAUGUCACCUGA